AUGGUUUCACUCAUGAGUUCAGACGCCUUAAGACAAAUCCAAUCGCAAUACGCGUCCGAUUCGGACGACUCUCAAGACUCGGACAAUAAUGGAGAGGAAGUGCCCGGCAUUGGACCCGAAGACCAGUCCUCCUCUUCCGACUGGAGUCUGUCCUCAGAUGAAGAGCCAAAUGAAGCCACGGAUGACUCGAAACGUGUCGUCAAACCAAUCAUUGAAGACAAAGACAAGAGAAAAGACAAGAAAACUAAAAAAUGGCCCAAAACUAAGGGAGAGUUGAGUCUCGAAGAUCUGCCACCGAUUGAGAAGUUGUCAAUCAGUGUUGGCGUCGAAGAGCUCUCCCAAUUGGGAUCCGUCACGUCUAUUGUGGACCAACUGGUGGUGAUUCAGUCGUUUCGGUUAAUGCCUGCACUCGACUUGGAUUCGGUGCUGUUUCUGAAAGACGGCCAACCGUUGGGUCAAGUGUUUGACGUCUUUGGACCGGUUGUUGAGCCCCGAUAUGCCGUCCGAUUCGAUACCAAUGAAGAGAUAACCGCUCGACACAUAUCAGUGGGAACUCCGGUUUACUUCGCGACCGAACACCAGAAGCCGGUCACGAGUUUUGUAUUCGCGGAACAGUUGAGACAAAUGAAGGGAUCGGACGCCUCGUGGAAGGACAACAACGAACCGCCCGAUGAAGUGGUCGAGUACUCCGACGACGAGACCGAACGCAGAGACAAACAGAAACACAGAGCAAAGCGAUCUCAUCACGAGUCCAACGGAGCACUUGUGGUCAAUCAGUAUGGAUAUCAAGUGCCGCCAAACACACCAAACAAUCCUUACUCUCAAUCAAUGGCUGACAAUAUUUACAAAAGAGUUAUACAAGAAGUGUAG